GUCAAGGCCAAGAUCCAAGACAAGGAGGGAAUUCCCCCAGACCAGCAGCGUCUCAUCUUCGCCGGCAAGCAACUGGAGGACGGACGCACCCUGUCCGACUACAACAUCCAGAAGGAGUCGACCCUUCACUUGGUACUCCGUCUCCGCGGUGGAAUGCAGAUCUUUGUCAAGACACUUACUGGCAAGACCAUCACCUUGGAAGUUGAGCCAUCAGACACCAUUGAGAAUGUGAAGGCCAAGAUCCAGGAUAAGGAGGGUAUUCCCCCAGAUCAGCAGCGUCUCAUCUUCGCCGGAAAGCAGCUUGAGGAUGGUCGCACCCUGUCCGAUUACAACAUUCAGAAGGAGUCGACCCUGCAUUUGGUUCUCCGUCUGCGUGGUGGUAUGCAGAUUUUCGUAAAGACUUUGACCGGAAAGACAAUCACUCUUGAGGUGGAGCCAUCCGACACCAUUGAGAACGUGAAGGCUAAAAUCCAAGACAAGGAGGGUAUUCCCCCAGAUCAGCAGCGUCUCAUCUUCGCCGGAAAGCAGCUUGAGGACGGUCGCACUUUGUCCGAUUACAACAUUCAGAAGGAGUCUACCUUGCAUUUGGUUCUCCGUCUGCGUGGUGGUAUGCAAAUCUUCGUGAAGACUUUGACCGGAAAGACCAUCACUCUUGAAGUUGAGCCUUCUGAUACCAUCGAGAAUGUGAAGGCCAAAAUCCAGGACAAGGAGGGCAUCCCCCCAGAUCAGCAGCGUCUCAUCUUUGCCGGAAAGCAAUUGGAAGACGGACGCACCCUGUCCGACUACAACAUCCAGAAGGAGUCGACUUUGCAUUUGGUUCUCCGUCUGCGUGGUGGUAUGCAGAUUUUUGUCAAGACUUUGACCGGAAAGACCAUCACUCUUGAGGUGGAGCCAUCGGACACAAUUGAGAAUGUGAAGGCCAAGAUCCAGGAUAAGGAGGGCAUCCCCCCAGAUCAGCAGCGUCUCAUCUUUGCCGGAAAGCAACUGGAGGACGGACGCACCCUGUCCGAUUACAACAUCCAGAAGGAGUCCACUUUGCACUUGGUGCUUCGUCUCCGCGGAGGAAUCCAGGCUUAAACUGAAUACAUUUCCAAAUAAACACAAUUCUUAGCACGCACUUUA